CCCUCUACAUCCACCAACAACCCAACCCACCAUGCCCUUCGAAGCAAUCGGCAUCCUCUCCAUCGGAGAGAUGGGCUUUGGCAUUGCCCAGCUCCUCCGCGCCCACAAAUACCGCGUGCUAACCUACGCCGCCGACCGGAGUGAAUCCACCCAACACCGCGCCUGGCUGGCCGACAUCGAACUCCGGCCCUCCCUCCAGAACCUCAUCGACGAAAGCGACGUGCUCCUCUCCAUCGUCCCGCCCGCCGAAGCCGUCCCCACCGCCGAGCGCAUCAUCGCCGCCGCCACCGCGCGACACCUCGUCCGCGACAGCCCCUUGUACAUCCUCGACCUCAACGCCGUCUCCCCCGCCACGGCCCGCGAUUUAGCCCAGCUCUUCCGCACCACCGCCCGACCGGACGAUCUCCGCUUCCUGUCCGGGGGGAUCAUCGGAUCCCCGCCGCAUUUCACCCAGCAUGCACACCAUGCACACCAUGACCAUGUCCGAGACGUCGGCACCCACGAGCCUGAACCCGAAGUCCAGAAAGAAGGAGAGUGGAAAAAGCCCGCCCUGGUGGUCUCCGGCCCCGAUCCCCUGCCGGACGCCCCGCUCGCCACCGUCCUGAACAUGCGACACGUCGCGGCCGAGAUCGGCACCGCCGCGGCGCUGAAGAUGUGCUUCGCCGCCCUGACGAAGGGGUUCACCGCGCUGGCGAUCGAGUCCUUCGCCGCCGCGGAGGGGUUCGGGGUGCUGUCCGAGUUGCGCGGGCUGCUCGGCGAGUAUAAGCCUGCGGCGCUGGGGAUGGCGGAGCGCGGCGUGGUGGGGAUGCCCUCCAAGGCGUAUCGAUGGGUGGAGGAGAUGCGGGAGAUCGGGCGCACGAUGGAGGAGGGGGCCGGGUUUGGGCCGGAUGUGUAUAAUGGAAUCGCGGAGGUGUAUCAGGCGGUUGCCGACGAUCCGGUGCUGGGGCUGGAGAAGCAGAAGGCCGGGGCGUUGCGACAGCGCGGGAAGACGGUGGAGGAUGUGGUGGGCUGUUUACAGGGGAGUCUGAAGGGGAAGAAGACGGAGUCGUGAUUCGGUU